GGCAAAAGGACGGGUUUCCAGCGAUCAGAAGAAGUUGGUGUACCGGAAGGCUUAUCAGUUCCAAGUGAUUAUCUACAGGCUUCUUUCAUAAAACAAACCUCGAAGGAGUCAACAGAUUCGGGUCAUAGCGACAAUUGGGGUCCGAUACUGACGGAUGGUCCGCUUGGCAACUUCGUUGACAACUUAGGACCAGGCCAGGUAGUUGGCCGGCAGGUAUUGGCAAGUCCGGUACUUGGCGAAAUACAAAUCGGUAUUGCGGCAGGCCGAGCUGGCAUUGACCUUGAAAUCAUCCGAGCUAAGAAUCUUGUGGUCAAAUCAGGUGUUAAAGUUAAUCCAGCUCCGUAUGUGAAAGUGUACUUGCUAGAGGGGAAGCAGUGUGUUGCGAAAGCAAAAACACAUGCGGUAAGGAGGACAACAGCACCACUAUUCCAGCAACAUAUUGUCUUCUCCGAAUCACCACGCAAAAAAAUGCUCCAGAUUACGGUGAUGGGCGAUUACGGUCGAAUGGAGCGUAAAUCGUUCAUGGGAAUUGCGCAGAUACGACUGGAUGACCUGGAAUUGGGCCCGGAACCAAUGAUUGGAUGGUACAAAUUAUAUCACAGUUCUAGCUUAGCGUGUACUGGGCCAAUCCGAAAGGACAGUGACACAAGUCUGGUCGAAAUGAGACAGUGA